AUGGCGGAGGGCAGCGGCGGCAGCGGCGGCAGCGGCCGGGGGCCGCCGUGCCCCGGGGCGGCCUCGGCGUUCCGGCGCUGGGAGCAGCUGCGGCGGCGGGCUGCGACGCCCUGGGCCCGCGGGCUGCUGGCCGCGGCCGCCGGGCUCGGGCUCCUGUACGCGGUGCUGCGGGUGCCUCUGCGCCUCCGGGACGGGCUGGCGGCCGUGACUGUGUUCUUAAGCACUUUGACUCCAAAAUUCUACUUUGCCCUUACAGUAACUUCAUCUUUUAUAUCUGGACUGAUAUUUGUGUUUGAGUGGUGGCAUUUCCGCAAAUACGGCACAUCGUUCAUUGAGCAGGUUUCUGUGAGCCACUUGAGGCCCCUCAUUGGGGGUGCAGAGAGCAGCCCCCCAGCCCCAGCAGCUUUCUCGGCGGGGGAGAAUGACACCAGCAGGCAGAACAUGCCAGAGUGCAAAGUGUGGCGAAAUCCUCUCAAUCUUUUCAGAGGGGCAGAGUAUAGCAGGUACAUGUGGGUGACUGGGAAGGAGCCUCUGACUUACUAUGACAUGAAUUUGUCUGCUCAGGAUCAUCAGACCUUUUUCACAUGUGACACGGAUGCCCUUCGGCCUUCAGACACAGUUAUGCAGAAAGCAUGGCGAGAGAGGAACCCGCAAGCCCGGAUUAAAGCAGCAUAUCAAGCUCUAGAGUUGAACAAUGAUUGUGCUACUGCAUAUGUCCUCUUGGCUGAAGAAGAAGCAACAACUAUUGUGGAUGCUGAGAAAUAUUUCAAACAGGCUCUGAAAGCAGGAGAAAUGAUCUACAGAAAAUCUCAGAACUGCCAUUCCCAGAGCCCCCAGCAUGAAGCACAGCUGAGAAGAGACACCAAUGUGUUGGUGUAUGUGAAAAGGAGACUAGCUAUGUGUGCCAGGAAACUUGGAAGAAUACGAGAAGCAGUAAAAAUGAUGAGAGAUUUGAUGAAAGAGUUUCCACUUCUCAGUAUGCUGAAUAUCCAUGAAAACCUCCUAGAGGCCCUUCUGGAGUUACAGGCUUAUGCAGAUGUCCAGGCAGUUUUAGCCAAGUAUGAUGAUAUCAGUCUUCCCAAAUCAGCAGCAAUAUGUUACACAGCAGCUCUGCUAAAAGCCAGAGCUGUUUCAGAAAGGUUCUCCCCAGAAACUGCCUCAAAGAGAGGACUUAGUACAGCAGAAAUUAAUGCUGUGGAAGCAAUUCACAGAGCUGUGGAAUUUAACCCUCAUGUUCCUAAGUAUUUGCUAGAAAUGAAAAGCCUAGUGCUGCCUCCAGAGCACAUUCUGAAGCGAGGGGACAGUGAGGCAGUAGCAUAUGCUUUUUUUCACCUCCAGCACUGGAAGAGGAUAGAAGGGGCUCUAAAUCUGCUGCACUGCACAUGGGAAGGCACAUUUAGGAUGAUCCCAUACCCAUUAGAGAAAGGACAUCUUUUCUAUCCCUACCCAAGCUGCACAGAAACAGCAGAUAGAGAACUGUUGCCAACAUUUCAUGAAGUCUCCGUUUACCCCCAGAAGGAGCUUCCCUUUUUCAUCCAUUUCACAGCAGGCCUGUGUUCCUUUUCAGCCAUGCUGGCCCUCCUUACUCACCAGUUCCCUGAGCUGAUGGUCAUUUUUGCAAAAGCUGUGCUGCGGGUGCUGUGGCCAGUGAGUGCUCCCAGUGUUCUGGCCUCCAGCUGAAUGGACUGCGCCAGGUGCUUUGGGACUCUUCUUUCAGCCUUCAUCUUCACUGUUGAACGCAUUGAGGACCUGCUGCUGUCCAGCCCCUGGCAUCAGCUGACUAGUGUGACUGGCUAGUGUAUUUUCCAUGAUAGUUUGAUUUUAUUCUUACGAGCCUCACUUGGUUGUUGGCUAACCCUCAGUGGUGGGAACCAAGGAAGAAAUCUGGGCUCUUUAAACUGAUAUCCUUGACCAGCUUCCAUGCUGAUGGUGCUUAACAUGUGAAUUUCUUCUUUGGCCUUAAUCUGUAAUCAUCUAAGAAAAUAGGUCUUGUUGAGCAAUAGUUUAUUGCUCUCUAAAUCACUUGGACAACUGGAAGCUCAUACUUCCUCUGUAAAAAAGGAGAAUACACAAACUGAGCAGGUGUUUGGAGUACUGAUGCUUCCUUCUCAGCUGCAGAUGCAUCAGAUACUUGGCUUAGAUUUAAUUUCAUAAGCCUUUUUCAAAAUAUUUGUUAACAGCAAAGUAUGGUUCUGCUUUCUUUAUUAAAAGGUUGCUACUUAACACAUUGAA